CAAAAUUGUCAACAAUUGGUUUCGCAUUUUCGCUUGCCAUAAAUUCUCUAAACAAUACAACACCACCGACUGACAGAUACAGCUUUGCUAAGAGAUGGCGAUGGCGAUGGUCCGAGCUGCUGGGCUUCAGACCGCCCUGCGCGGCGGCUCUCGAUCAGCUGCUCCUCUAAAGCGCUCCUUCUCCUCCUCUGCUGGACACAACGAUGCUCGUGAGGCGGACAAGUGGGAGAAGAUAACUUACUUAGGCAUUGCUGCCUGCACUAUUUUAACUUUUGUUAACCUGUCAAAGCCGCAUCCUCACUAUGAACCGCCUCCUCCAUACCCAUACUUGCAUAUCCGCAAUAAGGAAUUCCCAUGGGGAGGGGGAGGGUGUCAAGUAGUCGACAACCGGCACUCAGUUCUUAUGUCGAAUCAUUAGACUUGGACCGCUUGGAUCUAACAGAAGACAUAACACAAAACCGAGCCCAGUGACGUUCUGGGAUUUCAUAUAGCCGACCCCACUUAGUGGGAUAAGGCUUUGUUGUUGUUGGUGGUGUGUUUUAAAUAUAUCUUUCAUUUGAUUGCUACAUCUGGCAUCACAUUCUAAAACAUUGUAUUCACCUUAGCCAUUAUUUUUCAUCUUGGUUUUCGUUAGUACCAGUAUGUCUAGUGAAGAACAGGUCGUUCGGGUAGUAGUAGGAGCAUGUUUGAAUUGUUUUCACGACCUUAGAUGUCUUUUGAUAAUUUGGAAAAAAAAAA